CUGAACAUCAAGAAAAAGAAUCUCCAUCUAUAAAAACAGACAAACCAAAACCAACUCCAAAGGAAACAUCAGAAGUAACAGCAUCAGUGAAGAAGAAAAUUGAAAAAUCUGAAAAGGAAAGUAAAGAAAAAGCAGAAAUGAAACAUCUUAAAGAAGAAAAAGUGCCAACUAGAAAAGAAAGUCUUCAAUUACACAAUGUGACAAAAGAAAAACCUGCAAGAGUAUCAAGAGAAGAUUCUGAAGAUGUACCAGCUUCAACGAAAGCUAAAGAAGAAGCUGAAGAUGUGUCUUCCACAAAGAAGCAAAAAAGCCCCAUCAGCUUCUUCCAAUGUGUCUACUUGGAUGGAUACAAUGGCUAUGGAUUUCAGUUUCCUGUCACUCCUGCACACCGCCCUGGAGAGAGCUCUGGCCAACCAAGUACUCCAGAACAGAAGCAACAAGGACGAUAAGACACAUAUACACAGCCCUUACAAGUGCUUUAAGACUUUGAAAAUAGGAUCUUCUGUUUGUCCAGAGUGGCACGUGCAAUUGAAAUCAUAUAGUCCAGGGAAUUUCUCUGAAAAUAUUUUACCCUCCUGCCUGGUGUAGAAAGAAAGAGUGAGCAAAGGGAUCGAAUGAUAAGUAGACGAGUUGGAGGGUCUGGCGCUCAAGAAUCUGUCAUUUGUUUGUUGCUGGGUGUGGGUACUUAUAUUUUUCUAUUUCCACUCGCUGUAGGGUUGUUCACAAAUUAGGUUACAUUUUACUUAAUAAUGGUCUUUUAAACAUAAUUGACACAAUGACAAAAUGAAAUUUCUGGCUUCAGUUAGAUAUUUACUUUGAAGUGAAAACACGGACUAUGCUUCAAGUUUAAAGGGUGUAGGAGCUCAUACAAAGGCUGCUCUUUUGCAUCAUGUAGGUGUCUAAACUCAAUUUACCCAGUAAGCUGAUGUUUAAUAGUUUGUUUUAACAUCUUUAUUGGAUUACAAUUGCUUUACAAUGGUGUGUUAGUUUCUGCUGUAUAACAAAAUGAAUCAGCUAUACAUAUAUCCCCAUAUCCCCUCCCUCUUGAGCCUCCCUCCCACCCUCCCUAUCCCACCCCUCUAGGUGGACACAAAGCACUGAGCUGAUCUCCCUGUGCUAUGCAACUGCUUCUCACUAGUUAUCAGUUUUACUUUUGGUAGUGUAUAUAUGUCCAUGCCACUCUCUCACUUCAUCCCAGCUUACCCUGCCCCCUCCCCGUGUCCUCAAGUCCAUUCUCUACGUCUGCGUCUUUAUUCCUGUCCUGCCCCUAGGUUCUUCAGAACCAUUCUUUUUUUAGAUGUUUAAUAGUUUGAUUUGAUUUCUGUCUAUCUCUAUUUUAGUUGUGACUAUGCUCUAAAAAUGAGUAACAGUUGCACCAAAGAAUGCUUUAAGUUCCUUAUGAUGCUCUUUUAGAGCUCAAAAUAUCUCUGACCUUUAGACAUGAUAAGAUGGAGUAGAAAUGUUUGAUGAAUCUUAUCUCUAAGAUUUGUCUUGAAUUACUAUUAGGACAUUCACUCCAGUGGAAAUACACCAUCCAGUUAGGCAAGUCUGGUGAAUCAUUUGUUUAAGUAUAAGCAAAUGAGAUGUAGAAUUGUCAGAUUUCUGCAGACUGUGCCCUAAUGAAAAUGUCACCUGGGUGAAAUUUUAGAUCAAUCACUAAAUUGGGGUGACAGAUACAAGAGUAUUUUCAUUUCACUUUAAUAGGAUCAUUCUAUGGAGUUAAACAGGUUUUAUUUCUCAAAAGAGAAAAAUAUGAAUGUCAUUAGAGGUGAAGGAAUACGUUUUAACCAUAAGUGCUUCACGAGAUGUCUUACUUAUUUUUUAGGUAAUUGGUUACCAGUGUCAGUGAAAUGAAUGACAAUCUUUAACUUAUUUUGAUGAUGCAUCAUUGGGAAUAACUACUAUAGUUUUGCCAUCCUUUUGUCUCCCAGUGAUAUCAACACUUGUGUUUUUUACCACAUUUUUCUAUCAACUCUAAAAGUCAUGCCAGGGAAUUCCCUGGUGGUCCAGCGGUUACGACUCUGUACUUCCACUGCAGGGGGUAAGGGUUCCAUCCCUGGUCGGGGAACUAUGAUCCCUCAUGCUGUGUGGCGUGGCCAAAAUAAUUAAAUAAAUAAAAGUAGAAGUCAUGCCACUGUGACCUUUAUCAUGUUUACAGUUGCAAUUCAACUUAUGACACAUUAACUCAGGAAAUAAAUUGAGUUAUUCUUUCUGGCUUUAUAAUUAUCUUCAGCGAAGUCUGAAGUAGACAGAGCCGACACUAGCCAAGUCAUUUAUUUUCAAGGACUGCAACUAAGUUUUUUAGCUCCAAGAUGUAGAACUCUGUUUUACUAGACUAUCAUUAGGGUAGGACAUUAGUAACAUGUUAAUUAUUAAUAAUGAAUUUUCAGUGACUUUUGUGAAAAGUUGAUCUUGGCCACAGGCUGGUGGACCUAACUUACACCACAAAAGCCAAUGGUACAAUGAACCAAGAUUAAUGACACUCCUUACGUGGGGUGCCUAAAAGUGUGUAACUUCAGUACUGACCAGAUGGUACCAUCUUGUAAAGCCUCUUCAUGUAAUAAUGAAAACUUGUGGAAAGGACAGUGGAUGAAGUUUAUUGCUCAACUGCUGCCCUAGCUUGUCCAGUUUAAUGACUAAAGGAAUAGAGAGCAAAUAUGACAGUUUUCUCAAUUUCAUAGAGAAGAAUGGUUUCAUUCUUUUCCUUCAGUGACUAUUGAGCAUUUACUCUUUCUAGGGCACUGUGUUAGGCACUGGACUAUAUAAGAAAAAUAUCAGCGAUAAAUUCUUUUCCCAGCGCUAUCCUGACACAAUAUGUGGCCUUGGAAAAUUUGCUAAACAUACUGCGCUUGUUUCCCUGUGUGUAAAAUAGGGAUUUCAGGACAAACAACCUUAUACCUCACAGAUGUACUGUGGAGACUGACAAAAUAUCUUAAUACAGAUAUGACAUAAAAAACAUUUUCUGAAAUAAUACUUUUGGAUGUGGCAGUACUUUUCCCUCUGAGUGCAUUUCUAUAUUAUUUUAUUGUUUCUUUCACGCUCAUUAUGAAAACUAUUUGAUAAAAAAGUUAAAUAUGACAAUUUCUUGUAAUUAGAAUUAGACAAAUGAAUUAUGAUGUUAACGAUAUUAAUAAUAAUUGUUAAGGUUUAUCUGCUUAAAGUUACAAUGAUAAGAGCACAUGAAAAAUAUUAACUAAACUCAUCUGUUCGUGCGAGUCCAUCAAAUAAAGUAUUUCUAGUCCUUU